AGGCUGUUUAUCCAACCUUACGGAUGAAUUACUUUUAAUUAGAUUUACGUGAAAUCUUUUUCUUACUUACAUUUAUAUUUAAAGAAAAUAGUAGCAAAAAUAUACCUUCAAAAAAUAAAAACAAUAAAGAAGUAGAACACCGCGUGCUUAUCCAAAGAAGACAUUACCCGCAAUAAUCAAGAAGUCUAAUUGAGGAUAAGGGUCCUUGCUUUUACCAGUUCUUUAACUUUAGGAAAGUGAAGAAGAGUUUUAAAACUUCAUUUAAGAUACAUAUCUAACAACUUUUACCUGCUUGGCUGGUGAAACGCAAAAAAAAUGUUGCAAACAUUAUUGAGCUGUCAUGCAUAUAUGCCAUGGUGUUUUGAAAUUCCUGCGAUGGCGAUUUUCCUUCGUUCUACAAUUACAUUGCCCUUGGCCAUUUCGAGCAUAAAAACGGCACGUAGGUAUGGUCAGGUGCAGCCAUUGCUAAAGGAAGCAAAAAAGAGGUGCCCGGACGAUAAAGCAUACAAAACGUUUCGAAGUAAGAUAUAUAAACGGUUUAGCUGUCAUCCGAUUAAGCUCUAUGCGUUGCCCUUUGCACAACUUCCCUUGUUCGCCUUUGCGUCUUUUCAACUUCGAAAAGCCGUAGAGGUGUCUCCGGAGACCAUGUCCACUGAGGGUAUGCUUUGGUUUCCUGACUUGACCAUGCCCGAUCCACAUGGGAUUUUACCGGCCAUUCUAGCAUGUACCUAUCUAACCAAUAUGUCCAUCCUUCGGAGACCACAGGAUUCGCGGCUACUACGAAUCUUCAAUACAGCUGGUAUCUUAUCCGCCUUUUUCGUAUCAUUUAUGGCUUCUAAAACUUCUACUGCUUUAUCUUUGUACUGGACUACAUCUGCUAUUUAUUCCCUUGUGCAAAAUAUCUGUUUACGGAAUAUGUUUAAACAAGGUGAUCCCCAGUUAGUGUUACGUCCCCAAAAGGCACAGAAGAAAUGAAACCACAGAUAAAUCUAGAAAAGAAAAUCUUGAGGGUUUUCUUCUGUGUAUGAGGAUACUUUCUCUUGGAUUUAUAUAUACCCGGACGAGCCGUGAUUAAAAUUUAUCUUUGGAACGAAUCCUUUCUUGUUGUGAAAUAGUCAUUCUUCAACACAUCUAUACUGAUUUCUUAGCAGUACAAACCUUGAGAACCCUUUUUGGAUAAUUCAACUUUACAUAAACAGUUCCUCAAAACACAUUUUCAAGUUGGUUUUUUCCCAAGACGAUCGACUUCACAAUCUUUUUAUAUGAUUCGUCUGCUAUUUUAUGGAAUUCCAUCGUUUAUUUAUUUCAUUUUUUCUACAUUAUUUUGCAAAAAAAUAGGAAUUAAACAAGGAUGUUGCUUUAAGACAAUGUUUUUGAUACUCAUAUAAGUAACAAGUGGUGACAUGUAUAAUAGGUGACCGAAAUUACCUGAAUUUUCCUAAAACAACAAAAU